UAUGUCCUGUCUCUCCUCGAGCUCCACAUUUUCCUGCAUUUGUGCUACGGAGUAUUUCCUCCCAGCGGGUCUGUCAGUGUGUAGACUGAGGUGACGGAGGACACACAGGAACACUCUUCUCGGUUUCUGGCCACUUCGUAGGUGUGAGGUGUUUCAGAGAAAACAGGGAAGAACAUGGCAGUGAUGUACCGAUCGCCUGCUCUGGAGAACAAUAAACUGAUGGCUUUGUAUGGGGAGGAAAGAGAAAUUUACUAUGAGAAAGACGAGGACUGCAAUAGUGAGGAGAAUGAACAAGAUUCAGAAUGCAGCGAGGAUGGAAAUGGCAGUAGAGGUGUCCGCAACUCUCUGUCACUGGAAAUCUACGAUCUGCAGAUGGAGGAGCGUGUUUACUUCUCCAACCAGGAGUACUACAGGAGACUGGAGGAACUGAAGAGCGCUCACCUGAAGAACAUGGUGGAGUUGGAGCGGAUGUACAUCAGUCAGGGACAGGAAAGACAUGAAGGAGGGGAGGAUGAGGAAGUUCUGGGAAGAGGGAGAAACAAAGAGGAGAAGCAAAUUUUCCGGAAGGGUAAUGGCGCCCUCUUUGGCAGUGGCCCCAUCAGGAGACUACAGAGGAUUAAUUCCCAGGAAGAACUGGACUUUCGUGACACAUCAAGUGGCUCUGACCAAUCAGAACUCAGCGGAGAGGAUUUAUUAGGAGAACUGGGCUGGACUUCCAACAACCAGCAGCAAACUUUUCAGAGAAACAUCAUGCAUAUUCCAGAACGCAUGAUGGACAAGAAGAACUUUAGGAUUCAGCCAGAAGCUUCUCGUUCCAAACCACAGGGAAGAGCGUCUCAUCAAACAAGUUCCAGAACUAAAGUCACCAUACCCAAACCCUUCCAGAUGAUGCUCAGAGAAGAGGAGAGGAAGAGGCACAGGGUGCGGACACGUUCUGAGGUCGAGCUGGAGAACACGCUGCUGAGGCGAGAACUGGAGGAGCUCCGAGAAUGCCAGAAGAAGUUCAGAGCAUCGCCCGCUCCGGCUCACAUUUACCUGCCUCUCUAUGAGAUCGUCAGCCGUGGCCACAGAGGCAGAGGCAGCUGUAACAAUACCCGUGAAAGGAGCCAGGAGCCUUUUCAGUUCUUGGAAAGAGAGAGGAGAAAGAGGGAGGCCAGGAUAGUGGCAGAGCUGGCAAAUUGUGGUCGGAGAGAGGAGCGACAGGGCUUCAAGGCCACACCCAUGCCCAGCUCGGUGUAUGGUAGCAGACAGGCCAAGAGCCCUUACUGCGACCACCAACAAAGGGAAGCCACAGAGGGCCAAAGUGGUCAAAGCACAGACCUGGAGCUGGAUGUCCAGCAGUCAGACGCCUCCCUUGACCUCAGCAGUUUGCAGAAAUGCUCAUCAUCCAAGUCAGUGAAGAAGCAGAUAGAGCUGUCCAUUGAGAUGAAGGAGAGGAAGUAGUUCUUCACUAUCCCAGUCCAAUUUAGAGGACAGAACAGCUUUUUCUGACAAAUAACUUCCUCUUUUAUUGUGUAAAAGACUAUAUUAUUGUGUCUGUACAAACAGCUAACAUUGUUAGUAAUUCUUGCAGUAUACAUCUUUAUGAAAAUGCGGUACAUGAUGGAAAAAAAGCACGAUAAUGUUUUAGAGUACUAUUAGUCUUGUAUCCUUGAAGUCAUCUGCUCUGUACAAAAUAAAUGUGAUUAAUUGUAAAGCCUUUCAUUCACUAUUUCUUAACGUCUCUCACCCCAGCAUAUUGAGCAGUAACAUUUUGUCUCCAGCUAAAACAAGCAUGAACAGAAAUAAUAAAUAAAGCUGAUUCUGAUUUUGAUAACCGUA